AUGGAAGAAUCAGAAAUAUAUAAUUGUACUGAAAACGGCUUGAUUAUUGACUCACACGGAAUACAUUUUGCAAAAGAAUGCAGUCUUGAAUUGCAACCAACUAUAUGCUCAGAUGAUUUAACAAGCAAUUUUCAAGCCAAACUGGUUGUUUCCGCAAAACGUUAUGAUUCUUAUUUGUUAGAGUAUCACAUUCAUCCAUCAGCUAUCAAGUUAAAACAAUGUGAUUGGAUAUUUGAGAAGACUUCAGAUUUUUUAGAAAAUAUUCUAACUGAUGUUUAUCUGGAAAUACAAUGUCCCCGGGUCGAAUUGACUUUAAGAGGCAACAUAAAACCUUCUAAAAAGUUGUUGCUUGAAGUAGAAAAUGCAUUGAAGCAUUCAGAUUCUUCUCAUUCUUACCGUGAUUUAGUGAAAAUAUUUAGAACUUAUGGCCACUUCUUACCUAGAAAAGUUAUCCUUGGAUAUAAAAUAUACCAAUUACAUAAUUUAGCUAUAAAUGAAGAGUUAUCUGAAGAGUCAUCCGAACAAAUUCAAGCUGAAUGGACGUCCUAUGAAGAUUUCAAUGUCAAUCACAGUAAUAUUUUAAAUAAAUGGGAAAUUCUUAUAAAACACUAUAAUUUUGAUGUAUCUUAUUUAGUAUCAAUUAGUGGUGAUGUAAUUAUGAGAGAAGAACUUAAAGAAUGGAUGGAAGGAUGUUUAAUGGGUGAUAACCCGUUACAGAUCAUAUCGUGGAACGAACUCUAUCCAUUAUAUGAUAUAUUUGAUGAGACUCUUUGUAAAAAUGUCAAAUCUACACUCGGUAUCGAUGAGCAAACAGAAAACUUCGGCAUUAAGGAAAAGGUACUCAUGACAGGAGCAAUACCAAUUGAAGUUUCUGAAUAUUAUUACCGUGUAAAUUUUUCCAGUAAAUUGAAUUCUAUCAAUUAUCAAAUAUUUGGAAAACUUAUGACAGAAGAUGGAAACCCAAUUGAUAAAGCCAUUAUCAAAUUCGAAUAUAUGGAUAUACAUGGAUUCUCAGUAAGAAUUAAAAAUUUAGAUCUUGAUGUAAUUGGGCAAUCUACUCACUCACGAAUAACUUGGUUAAUGAUUGGAAAUCCUAUUGAAAUAAUAGGUCAUUAUAAUCAAAAAACACGAAUCAUUACAGUACUUUCUUUAGACAAUACUUCUCGGACUAAUAUAACUAAACGGGAUAUUCAAUUAAAUAUACCAAAAAAUUUGCCAGAAAAAUCAAUUCUUAUUACUUCAGUCAUAUAUUCCUUAUCAAAUUAUGAACCAAAUUUUGUAACUACGAUACAGAAUUAUGAUUAUGAUAAAAUUAACAUCACUAUUUGUGAUUAUAGCGAUUUGGACGAUGAUGAGGAAGAACAUCUAAAUAAACUGGAAUAUUCAAUUCAAUGGUGCAUUCUUCAAAUACCGGAGGAACAAGAAUUUCGCGAUGAAUCUGGCUCCAUAGUGACAACGACUCAUUUAAGGGCAAUGGGUCAAAUCAUUGAUGGUACAGAAGUUGGAAAAGGUGAUAAACAGAUUUCUGAUAAAGCAGUAAAAGAAUCAAAUAUCACAAAGUAUUAA